AUGGCGCUGGCAGAGCGGGGCGGCGUGCUCCCGCGGCGGCAGGACCUGCCAGAGGAGGCCUUCUUAAGCUCUGCCCAGCUGAGGCGGAUCGAGCAAGGCGCCAGGCGCGGCUUUGGCUGCUGCCCCAUCGACGAGCCGGCCUCGUCCGCGUCGGCUGAGCACGGACAGAGAGUGGAGGAUUGUGCGGGGGUGCCCACCGCAGAGGUCACAGUCUCUCGGGUGGUGGGCGGCGAUCGCCGCAUACCGUCCUAUGGUGGCGAGUAUCGCUACGCCAGGGAGGACAAGGGUGUCGACGUGCGGCUGCUGCUGUUCGAGUCGUUCGGCGGGUUCGGGAAGGGGGUCGGCGAGAUCCUCUGGGAGGCAGCGAACGUGCUGCAGAACAAGCUGACGCGGGCUCAUUACCUCGAUGAGCCUGAGGUGACUUGGACCACCAAGAGCUGGCUGGGGCUGCAGAAGCAGCGUAUCUCAGUCGUUCUUCACACGGCCAUCGCAGAGCAGAUUGUGAAUGAGCUUGCCAACGGCGAGGGCGGUCGAGUGCACGGAGCUGAGUGCCUCGCCGUCCUCGCCGGAGUCGCUUAG